UCUACAGCAGCACAGAGCUACACGCCCACUGGCUGUUACACAAACUUAUAUCAGGAUUUCAAGAUCACUCCGGUCAUAGAAGGCUGUCCAAACCGGUCUCUUCUUCACAUCGAGCAGCUUCACGACUCUCCAGUUGAGGAUGUGGAUUCCUAUGCUGAGCCUGACUGCCCUCCCUCACGUUGGUGGGAUAUUUGGAGGUAUAAUCACACGGCGGGAGGUUAAGACCUGGUACUCCACGCUCAAUAAACCCUCAUGGAGACCACCGAAUGCUGCCUUCCCAGUGGUGUGGACCACCCUUUACACUGGCAUGGGGUACGGCUCAUACCUUGUGUGGAAAGAGCUUGGAGGCUUCACCCAGGAUGCAAUGGUGCCAUUGGGGCUUUAUGGGCUGCAGUUGGCACUUAACUGGGCCUGGACCCCCAUCUUCUUCGGUGCACACAAAAUUCAACUGGCACUGAUAGAGCUAUUGUUGAUGAGUGGCACAGUGGCAGCCACAAUGGUGUCCUGGUAUCCCAUCAGCCGCACUGCAACACUUCUCAUGGUGCCAUACAUGGCCUGGUUGUGUGUCGCCACCAGCCUCAACUACUGUAUUUGGAGAGACAACCCAGAGCCCAAGAAAGAAGACUGAAGAGCCCAACACUAUUCCAGCUAACACAACUAAGAAGAAUAAAUGCACUCAUGAUUGUUUUGUUACUUGUUGGCAUUUCUGAAAAUGUUUAAUUAAGAGUUUGAAUUUUUUUUAUAUUCACUUGCAAGGUAAUUCACCGGAUGUCUUAAGUAGAAGAGGUGACGCAAUAAAAUAAUACUCUAAUGCUUCCAUAAAUUAUUUUUUAACACACUGCACCUAUUUACUCAUGUUUAGAUCAGUUUAUUUGCUCUUCAAAUCAACUGUUUGCUAACUUCCUUAAAUAAACAUGUUUAAAGCACA